CCUUAACAGCUAACCAAGAACCCAAAAACAAAAAACUAAAUAUAUUUCACAGAGCAAUCUUUGGAUUAUUUGAAGCAAUAAAAGAAGAGGCAAAUAAGCAAACUUUUCCUUAGAGAAGAAGUCACCAUGCAAACACAGACCCACACAACAACCGAUCGUCAUGGCUAUAGCCUGCGCUUUUCACCUUUCGAGGCAAAUUAUUUGCUGCUGGCUACAAGCCAAUUGUACGGUCUUGCUGGCGGUGGUUCUCUCUUUUUGCUUGCCCAAACUCCCAAUACAGUCGAUGGCCAGAAUUUAACUGAGCUAUGCCGUUUGGAGUGGUCGGAUGGUCUGUUUGAUGUGGCCUGGUGUCCCUAUGCCGCUGAUAUAGCAGCCACUGCAUCGGGAGAUGGAUCAUUGCAAAUAUGGUCGGGUUUGGAUGCUGAAGCGGCUAUGGGACAACAGACACCGAAACAGCCAUUGAUCUGUCUGCAGGAACACAAGAACGAGAUAUACAGUUUGGAUUGGGGCGAGAAAUGGAACUAUCAUACACUACUCUCGGCCAGUUGGGAUUGUACACUCAAAUUGUGGGACUGCAAUAGACAGAACUCGUUAACGACAUUUGUGGGACACACAGAUUUGAUAUAUUGUGCAAAGUUUUCGCCACUCAUUGCGAAUCUAUUUGCUAGCGUAAGUACCGAUGGACAAUUGAACUUAUGGAAUUCUCUUGAUUUUGCAGGUAAACCCCUAAUGAGCAUCGAGGCGCAUCCAAGUGAGGUUUUGGCCUGUGACUGGAGUCAUUUCGACAGGAACAUUCUGGUGACUGGCGGCUCGGAUGGUCUAAUACGUGGCUGGGAUUUACGUAAGAUGCGGACGCAUGUCUUUGAGCUAUAUUCCGGAGAAUUUGCAGUCAGACGUUUGGCCUGUUCACCGCACUCGGCAUCGGUAUUGGCAUCGGCUAAUUAUGAUUUUACCACACGCAUUUGGAAUUUGGAUUGCGGCGAAGCUCCACAAGAGAUAAACGAACAACAUACGGAAUUUGUUUGCGGUCUCGAUUGGAAUCCACAUCGUAACCACCAAUUGGCCGAUUGUGGUUGGGAUUCAGUGGUCAAUGUCUAUACACCACAAUUUCUAAAGGAUACAACAAUGGCCUAAAAAGUCUCGGUCUAGUCAAAAAUACAAACUGGAUGAAAAAUACAAUGGAAAACAAAGCAAAAAUCUGAAAGCUAAACUCUGGAACUGGUACUCCGAAAAAUACUGAAUGAAAUGUGAUAAGGCGCAAUGGCGUCAAAAUAGCCAGGCCAAUAGCCUAAGCCCCUUAAGACGACUAGCUAUAUAGCUGAGCUAUAUAUGCCUCUAAGGAGAAUACUCAACGAAGAUGACGACGACGACGAAGAAGACGACGGAGAAGACGACAAAGACGACGAUGAUGACGAGGAGGAGGUAAAGUGUAACUAGUUGUGAUAAAUGCAAAUUGUAUAAAAAA